CUCCCUCAAACGCCCCGUUGAAGGGCCGCAGCUUAAACCGUAUGCUACCAGAGUAUAGGCAAGAGGGACGAACUCGAGCGCAGGGAUGGAGACGGAGGCACUAGCGGAGCUAGAGAGUCUCCAAGCCCGAAUAUUCCAACGCAUUACAGCGCUCGAGCUCUGCCUCCUCCCCCAACCCUUCUCCACUUCCCAGGACCCAAACCACACGGCCGCCGCCGAUAGGUCCAACACCACCACCACCACCACCGAGGCGCGCCUCUCCGCCAUUCUUCGCAGCAACGGCGUCCGAGACUUCGCUUUCAAGAGGGUUCCUUCAGAUUACUACGAUCGACCCUUCGAAUCCCGGCGAGACAUCCUCGGUGCCGCGUCCAUUGACCACCUCUGCAAGAGCAUCGUCCUCGUCAAUACUCAAGCUCAGUCCAAUGUUACUGACUGUAGUGAUCGCAACAAUUCAAAGUAUUAUGUUGUCGUCGUUCAGUAUACUGCUCGAUUCAAUGCUGAGAUGGUGAAAAGCUUUCUGUAUUCACUCAACAAUGGCAAGAUAGCAAAGAAGAAAUUCAAUUUGAGGCUUGCUCCUGAGGAGUCAUCACACCAGUUGACUGGGUAUGAGCACAAUGGUGUAACGUGCAUUGGAAUGAAAACAGACAUUCCGGUGAUUUUGGAUGAAGCUAUUGUAAAACUCAGUCCUAACUUCUUCUGGUUGGGAGGUGGGGAGAUUGAUCUAAAGCUGGGUAUUAGGACAUCUGAAUUCGUUGAAUUUGUAAAACCUUUCAUUGUCACCUGUAGUUGCAACUGAUUGCUUCCAGAGGAAGCAUUUUGUGAUAGAUUGAGAAGUAGCAACUGAUUACUUCCAGAGGAAGCAUUAUGUGAUGGAUUGAGAAGACCACAGGAUAGAUGAAAUUGAGACUCAUCAAACUUAUAAUUUCUGAGAAAUGCAAUUAUCAUGGAUUUUUGCUCU